CACAAAUGGCUCAAUCAUCUGGACACGUUUCUUAUGUGGCGGUUACGGUUCCAAUAGCUAUUGUCAUGACAGUGUUGUGCUUGUUUCUAGCCAACGCCGUGACCUAUGCCCGGAGACCGACCACCUACAUUGUGGGAGGCGACGAUGGUUGGGAUCCGGUUGUUCCGAUGGACACUUGGGCACGAGGCAAAACCUUUUAUGCUGGUGAUAUUCUCGAAUUCAAAUACGAUUAUCAGAGAUUUAAUUUGAUUGUGGUAAACCGAACUGGUUAUGAAACUUGUGAAGCGAACGUUGGAGCGAUAGAAUAUUCGUCCGGAGACGAUAAGAUCCAGCUUAAUUACGGUUAUAAUUAUUUCAUCGGAACAUAUACUCCCGAGGAUUGUACCACCGGUUUAAAAAUGGCCAUCAAAGCAUUGGCUCCAAGAUAAAUUAAAUGAAGCAACUUAUUAUAACAAUGAUAAGUGGAAUGAUUAGUGUUUUCGUACGUAGUGUUGGAGUUAUUUGUAACAGUUUAAAAUGUUAGAUUAAUAAAUAUCUUAUUAAAA